UGUUGUGGAAACUGAAUUUUCGAUAUUUGGGUGCUUUAUUCGUGUAGCAUUCCUUUGAAUUGUUCUAAUUUCGCCUUCUCCCCCAUGGAACUUAUGUAUUCUCGUCUGCGUCCGAGUAUAAUUCAUCAACGGGAUUUCAAUGCUCAUCAUUUCCGAAUAGAACAUGGAAUGACGGGUGGAAUAAAAGAAACCUAAAGAAUUAAUCCCCCUGCAAUCCGUUAAUAUAUGGACAGCCUUCUCUGUUUAGAGAUUUUAAGUUCUGUAAAUUCAGACUUUUGGAUGUGGGAAAUGCAAAAUCGACUUGAUCAAGCACAGUAUAAACACCUUUUACAUUAGACUUACUCAUCCAUAACCUACAUUGAAGGAAAAAAUCCCCCUCAGGCCUCAUCAUAAGUCAUUUGUCUGUCAUUCGUUCUUCUUGUUCAAAGAUAUCUGUCUAAUUGAAUUAUGUGAAUUUUCUAUGCUUAAUUCAAGAUGUUUCCUCCUCAGUAGUUGGGCUCCACUGGUAUGAAUAGCAUCAUAUUUUAUACUAUCGUAUCUUCUCAGGUUACCUUUGCAAUGUAGUUCCUGAAUUGGGUUUCAAUUCUCAUGAUUUGAUGAACUCACCGGAAAUUGAAGAAAAACGUAGAAGAAAUGCUCAGAUGCUAUCUGAAAAGAAAUGAAUAACAUUUACUAGGAGUCUUCCUCCUUUGCAAGGAAGUUAGAUGGAAACAUCAUGGGAGAUACUGCUCAACCUAUUGGGCAAAGUUGGGGAUUGCACAGGAAGGGAAGAUGCUUGAUAUCGCUUUAUUGCUUCUCAAGGAAUGUUGAAACGUCACGUGACAUUUCAGUUAGUUUCUCAUCAAUCAAGGGAGAAAAACCUCACCAAAAUUUUCUGAGGGGUGAGAAGGUUGCACCUGAUUCAGAACCCCCUAGCUUGAAGGAUGUUGAUCUUUUAUAUAAUUUUCUUGAUCGAAGAUCAAAGCUUGUGGUAUCGAUAGGAGCCGGAAUAAGUAUGGAAUGUGGAAUUCCUGAUUAUAAAAGUCCGAAUGGAGCUUAUAGUUCUGGUGACAGACCUAUUUCACAUCAGCACAGUGCUUCUGUGACCCAAGAACACAUGCUGGGAAGCAGCCACUUGAGCACAAAUUCGUUCUUGUUACUGAGCAGGAGAGCUCUGAACGUUUCUGUUCUUUCAAUGUUUCUUUAUGGAUUUUCACCAAGCAUUUCUUCGGCAGUUUUUGCUGAAGAUUUCGAGCUUGAGAGAUACACAGAUUCAAAGGAGGGUUUUACUCUUCUUCGACCAUCUUCUUGGGUUAAGGUUGAUAAGGCAGGGGCAACAGUUUUGUUUGAAGAGGGGAAUAAGGGAAGCAACAAUGUUGGUGUUGUAGUGAAUCCUGUUCGUCUUACAAGUCUUGGGGAGUUUGGAACUCCUCAAUUUGUAGCUGACAAACUUAUACAGGCCGAAAAGCGAAAGGAAAGUACAAAGGAUGCUGCAGUGGUUGGUGUUGCAGAGAGAUCUGGUGAGGGAGGUUUACAAGUGUAUGAGUUUGAGUACACGGUGGAUAGCACUAGAGGAGGGAUGAAGCGGAUUUUUUCCGCUGCUUUUGUCGCUUCUAAGAAGCUCUACAUCCUUAACAUAUCUCACUCUGACAAACCAGAGAGCCCUCUUGAUUCACAAAAAAGAAUGAUGUUGGAGCAAGUUCUUCAUUCCUUCGAUGCAGCCCCUUCCUCAUAAACAUCAAAUCAUGUGAUUAUUAUUUUCCAAUACAAGGUUGAAGAAUGUGUGUGAAGUUAAAACUUUAUAGAUGUUAAAAAAACACGAGUAUCAAACAUAUGGAUUGAGGACAUUUUGUAUAGUUGAGCCUCUUAGAAACUUCUUUAAUUAAUUGCCUAUGUCUUGGUCAA